AUGGCUCCACCAAAAAGUAAGUGUUGGAGAUAUUUUACAAAAGUGUCUAAAGAUAAAGCUCAGUGCAAUGUGUGUCUUAAAAUAUUAAAAACUUCGGGGAAUACAUCAAAUUUACUGUGUCAUAUAAAACAAAAACAUCAAAAAAUGGUAGCCUGUAUUACGGAAGAGUACAAAAACCUUCAAACCCAUUCCGAUUUGGGGCAACUUAUGAAAGAUGCAGUAAUGAAAGAAAUUGAAAAACGUUUUUCAACAAUUGAAAAAUCUUUUCUUUUGGUUAUUUCGACUAUUUUAGAUCCUAGAUUUAAAAACAUUCAUUUUAAUGAUCCCUUAGCCGUUUCGUCUGUUCUAAAAUAUAUACGAAAUGAGAUUAAAAAUGAUUCGGAAGACUCUGAGGGCCCGACUACAUCGGACUCUCCAGCAGAUUCUACCAAGGAAACAAAUUUUGAUAUAUGGGCUCAUCACAAAAAAUUAGCCCACACUAGAACACGAAAACAAAAAAAUCUUAGUAACAGCAGCAAUGACGAAAUCUCACAGUAUUUAAAUCUUCCAGUAAGAAAUCUAACUGAACAUCCACUUAUCAUUUGGGAAGAGAUGAAAAUAAUUUACCCCACGUUAUAUAAAAUUGCGAACAAAUUUUUGCUCGCUUCAGCUACAUCUAUAUCGAGUGAAAGAUUGUUUUCAAAAGCUGGGGCCACUGCAACUGCUACUAGAAAUAGACUAGCUCCAAAACGUUUAUCCAGGUUAUUAUUUUUGAAUUCUUUAUCUGAUGAUUAUGUUUAA